AUGUACCGCGGUCCAGCUUGUAUUAUUGACUAUCCCGCUCUGGAAAGUAAGAUCAAUGGUAUGAUCUAUAAACCAGUCCCUGAUCUGACAACAGUUUAUUGUAGCCUCAAGGAGCUGAAGGACUACACACAAGAAAUAGUUGAGUCUGUCCAACAUGACACCCAGUGGACACAAAUAGUUGUGAAAUACAGCAAUGUGAUUCAUAAGUUUAGGAACAUCAGCACAUUACAUGCACAACUUAAAAAUGGUACGAUAAACCAACGGCACUAUCUGUCUGAAGUUGGAGCUCAGUUCACAGAGGAAAACUCUUUUCAGUUUCAUCUCACAGACUUUCACCACAUGAUGAUGGGCACUGGAGAAGAAAACAACAUUCUGGAUGUUUUUCGCAAGUCGCUGGUCCAGGACUCCCAAAGACAGUCUGCUGAGCCAGUAGAGUGCACAAAAUAUUACAUGGACCAGAUUGAUUAUUUUGUGCGUUACAUGUUUGCCCUUGAAAAGGAAGCUGUUUUAGCUUGGUCUAAAUAUCUAAUGGUCACUGGAAAGUCAGAGAACAUUGAUUUUGUUGAGAAGGUUUUUAAGGACUAUGUUUCACAGCAGUGGAGACUCUUCAAUAAAAAUGGAUGUGGCCCUCUGAAGGCUGCAGAUCUUCAGAACAACCAUUGUAAGGAGCAGUACCACAGCACAGCCCAGCAGCAGGUCAAAAUGAAAUGUAGUGGAUUAUUGAAGCCCUUCCCCGAGUCUGUGGGGUGUUCUGGAGGACAGUGGAGUGCUUUACCCGUGUGCUACUCUGAGCAGGUAAACGGACGAGUUGAGUGCAAAUCUGAAGGUGGAGUCACUGUCUGUAAGGCCACAUGCUCGCCUGGCUGGGGCUCCGCCACACACCCUCUGCCUGCUGAAUAUAAAUGCCCAAAACCACCCUGUCCAUCCUUCACACCACACACAUGUAACAAUUGCACACAGAACAGUGUGUGUAAGGACCAUGAGGUCUGCACUGGCUCCUUUGGGACAUGUCUUGACACAUGCCUGGUUAAACCCUGUGGAGUAAACGCCAAAUGCUCAUCCUCCAAUCAUGACAGGACCUGCACUUGUGUGAGCCCGUGGAAAGGAGACCCAUACCAGGGCUGCAGGAGUCAGGACCUCCAGUGGGUUCAGACCGGAGGGGUGCUCAGCAAUGCUGUUCGUUCUAAUGCCCAACUUGCUGUGUGCAAAGCCAUUGGACCUGACAGCGGGUGGCACAGUGGUUUUGUAAACGAUCAAUGCUGUAAUUAUGAAUAUGAUGGAAGAAAGCAUCAGGCCAAUAGCUAUGAGGUACAUCAGUGCAGUACUGUUAAGGAGCUGAACUAG